AUGUCGGAGCCCGGGCACUUAGGGGUGAAGCGGGCCGAGUCGGCGCGCGUGAGGCGCGCGGAGCAGCUGAAGCGCUGGAAGGGCUCCCUGACGGAGCUGGAGCCGGUGACCCCCGCCCGGAGCUGGUACUGCGGCGGGGCCCGCGUCCACUUCGAGGACGGUGCCGUCUUCCUGGCCGCCUGCUCCAGCAGGGACACGGACGAGGUGAAGCGGCUCCUCGCCCGCGGGGCCCGCCUCAACAUGGCCAACGUGGACGGGCUGACGGCACUGCACCAGAAAAAAGAAAAAAGGAAGACGAGGUGUAGUGCCAGGACAACGAGGCAGGCUCCCUCAACCCCAAGAUUGCAAUCAUACCUGGUGAGUGUGUUGGCAUCUUGCUAG